ACAACCACAACAACACUGGAAACAUCCACAAUGACACCAACAACAACACCAGAAACAACCACAACGACACCAGAAUUAACCACUACGUCCCCGAUCACAAUCACAACAAUACCUACAUCAACCACAACAACACCUAUGCCAAUCACUACUUCACCGACAGCAACCACAACGACACCAGGAACAACUACAACAACAUCCAUGACAACCACGACGACACCUACAACAACCACUACUACAACCACAGUAGUCACUACUACACAAACAACAAAUACAUCUGCAAUAACAACCCCUGCACCAAAAACAACCACUUUACCACUGAGCAAAAUACCUCUUCAAUUUUCUCUACAAGUUGAUGGUCCAGCACCAUCUUGCAUUGAGGGUGAAUAUCUACCACGGUUCCUCCACCCAACGCCUUAUCAUGGAGAACACCUGCAGGCUCAUGUAAAUCAUGAGCUUGAGAUCAGAGUGAAAGCUUUUGCAUAUUUUUCAAGAAUCACUGAUGUCAUCAUUAGUGGACCUUUGAACAGCACAAAGUACAAAACUACAACUGGGGAAUAUGUGAUUAACUGGACACCAACUGCAGAGAACUAUGGCCAACACUUUCCAUUUUGCUUCAUUGCAGAAGGACAAAAUGGGUCUGAUAUUUACCACUCUGAGAUGAGGUGCGUCGUUGCAAAGGUGAAUGCUGAAGGACCCGUGGCGCAUGUAACCUGCACACAGAACUCAAUGUCAGUGACAAUUGAGAGAUCCUCCAUCGAACCACUCCAUGGCAACCACUUGAGACUGACAGAUCCGUCUUGUCAGGUUUACUCCAACAGCACUUACAUUUUUGCCAACACAUCUCUAAAUGAAUGUGGCACACAGUUUGAGGAGAACAAUAAUGAACUCAUCUUCAAGAAUAAAAUAGUUACAUUCGAUGAUCCCAGGGACAUUAUAACCAGGAAGAAUCAGCUAGAAAUUGAAAUCCUGUGCAAGUACCAGAAAAGGACAAACCUUACACUGGAGUUUGAUACUCACAGACCACCAGUCAUCUUCUCAGAAAAGGGUUUUGGCACAUUCAACUAUCAGUUUGAGUUUUAUUCUUCUGGCAAUUUCAACAACAGAAUGGAUCCAAAAUCCUACCCACUUGAGUACAAUGUGGGAGAUAAGAUCUACAUGCAGAUUGAACCUGUCACUCCAGUCCCAAACACUGAGAUCUUUCUUGAGUCAUGUGUGGCUACACCUUACGAUAAUCCCAAUUACCCAAUCUCUUAUCCUAUCAUUACCAAUGGAUGCAAAGUGGAUGAAACCGUCCAGUUUUUCUCAAGCCACAAACCAUAUGUCCAGUUUGCAGUGGAGGCCUUCAAAUUCAUUGGGCUCCAUGACCAGGUGUACAUCAGCUGCUCAAUCAUCAUAUGCGAGGCGAACAAUCCCAACACCCGCUGCUCUCAGGGUUGUGUUAACAGCACAUUCGCUCCACCAUCCCACCACCAUCACAAAAGAGAGGCUUCCAUCCAGACUGGCAGCCACUUGAUCUCCCAAGGGCCCCUGCGGCUGAAGAGGAACAGUGCAUCACAGAUCACCGUAACCCAAGGUCUGAAUCUAAACCUUGUUGUGGUCGCUAGCUGUCUCGUAGCAACAGUUGCCAUAGUGUGUGGAGUGAUUGUCUACAGAUCCAGGAGCCCAAGGAUCAGAUACCAACCCUUGCCAUCACAUGAGUUUUGAGCAUGUCAGCUGUUUUUAGUUUUGUUUUCUUUUUCUUUUUCUUUUCAAAGCGCAAAUGCUCUAUUUUUCCUGUGAAAAAAAAAGAAAAUUUACAAGAUAGUUGAUGUGAAAGCUCUGAAUGAGAAAAUUUGGAAAAGGGUUUUUCUUUCAUUUGUAAUAAUUUUAGUAAUGUGAACGUAAUGUGACUUUAAAACUGAUUGGAAAUACAUCAGUUUAAACCAAAUGUUGUUCACUGGUUUAUAUAAUCAUAUACUGCAGAAGGAGCAAAGCAAAUGUGGAAACAGAACUAGAGUUGUGGUGGUUGCUAUGUCACUAUAUGGUUGCUAGGGUUUUCUCAGUGGCAUUUUGUGGUGUUUUUAAAAGUUUUGAUCAGCUAAGUUAAAAAUUUGUGAUCAUUUGCUUAUGUCAUUUAAAACCUGUAUGACUUUUUUCCCUUAUUUUUAUUUUUAUAUACAAGAAGGAAAGUCAAUCAAAUUUGGAAUGACAUGAGGAAAUAAUGGCAGAAUUAUUACCAUUUAUUUAUUUAUUUAUUUUCUUUAUGUGAAGUAACCCUUUAAGUUGGUUGCUUACUGACCAAUCAAGUACUGGCAUACCUAAACUUGGUAAGUUUGAUUAAUUUCUGUAAUUUAGUUUCACCUAUCCCAUUCUCAACAAAUUCAUAUAUCUAAUGGUAUAUCUAAGCUUGAGUCGAAGCAGCUUCCUCGAGCCGCUCCACUGCGGACAGCAAGCCAAAUAUGUUUAACCUUAAUAUCUUGAAGAUUAUGGGCAAACAAACUUAUGAAAACUUGAUUGUUACUGUAUUAUACUUUCUGCAUUAAACAUUCU